AUGAAGCUUGGCAUUUUUGUACUUUUAUUUUUCACAACUCAAGUAUUCGCCAAACAAUUUCUACAUGUGAGUGAGAAUUAUGAAGCGAUGGGACCUGGCAGUGAAAUUUUCAAAUAUUGCUAUUUGGUAGCAGAACCCAAUUUCGAGAUUUCCUAUACGAAAGACGAGUUGAAGUUGUUGAAUGAGAGAAAUCGGAAAAUUGUGGAACCAUGUAUUGAAGAAUUUUCAAAACUCAAUUCGAUUGUUCAUCGAAACAAAAAAGAAUUUAUUGAGGGAAUUGUGGAAAAAAUUGAAUAUCAAAUGUUAUUCUCCGAAUGUAACAGAAAAUUAGAAGCAAAUUCUAAUCCUGAUGUUGAAACUUGUCUAAAUCCCGACAACUACGAUUUGUGUUUUGAAAUUUUUGACGAAAAUGGAUGUGCUCAAAAAAUCCUGAAAGAUUAUUGUGAUAUCGAUUUUACGGAUGAUACGAUUUUUUAUUUGACAAAUCAGAUUUCUUACUGUAUCGACUUGAAUUUUUAG